GGGCAGAUCCAACCACCUCACACCUUAAAAGUCUACACAACACAUUGACCAUGGCUGCACCGUUGGAUUCCAGUCUGAAGUUCGAUUCCAUCGAAGACACCCUUGCCGCUUUCAAGAAUGGCGAGUUCAUUAUCGUCCUCGACUCUCAAGACCGCGAAAAUGAAGGCGACUUGAUCAUCGCCGCCGAGUCUAUCACCGACGCCCAGAUGGCCUUCCUGGUCCGGUACACGAGCGGUCUCAUCUGCGCCCCCGUUACCCCUGAAAUCGCCCAACGCCUGGCCCUCCCGCAGAUGGUGCUCGAAAACGCGGACCCCAAGGGCACCGCCUACACGGUCUCCAUUGACUCGAGCGACCCGUCCGUCACCACUGGUAUCUCCGCACAAGACCGCGCUUUGGCCUGCCGCACCCUCGCCUCCCCGACCGCCCGCGUCGACGAUUUCCGACGACCGGGCCACAUAAUCCCCCUACAGGCCCGCAGCGGCGGUGUCCGCGAGCGGAGAGGCCACACGGAAGCGGCGGUGGAGUUCUGUCGGUUGACGGGCAAGGUCCCCGCGGGUGUAAUCGCGGAGCUCGUCGAGGACGGCGAGCUGGUUGAGGGGGUGCCGGAGAUCCGGGGCAACAAUGGCAUGAUGAGACGCGAUGGCUGUCUGCGGUUCGGCAAGAAGUGGGGGAUCAAGGUCUGCACGAUCGAGGAUCUGGUCGAGUAUGUGGAGAAGAUGGAAGGUGGUCUCACGAACGGGGGCCAAUGAACAUGGAAGAGAGCAGAAACAGAAAAAAAAGGGUCGAGAGAGGGUAUACUUGUGGUUUCUUUCCCUUUGACGGUUGUAUAAAUUUCUUCUGAGUGAUUUCCCCUCCUGUUCGGCUGUGCAUCAGGACCAGGCUCGUUGGGUUUGUUGUUUACUGCAUUAUGCGCGGCUUGGUUGCAUGUUUGUGUAUGGGUGACUAGAGUGAGGAAAAGAGAAAAUAGAUUCUAUCUUUAUGGCUGGUUUACACGUUUUCAUGAGUCUUGGAGGAGUCGUUGUUAGAUA